AUGGAUGAUAUGUUUAUAUAUGACCUGUUCGUUUGUAUUUUGGUUCUCAUCUUUGCUGCAUUGCAUUUGCCUAGUGAUGUCAUGGUGUUGGAGGAUGGGUUUGAUUUUGAAAUGAGGCAGGCAGAUUUAUUGGGCAAUAAAGUAGUCAAGGAUAGAUGUUUCACAGAGGUAUCUUCAGCUGGUCAGCUUCCCACACAGGCACGCCUCCUGUUGCUGCAAGAUCUACUGGAAAUCAAAGCCUUGAGGAGGAAAAAUAUCUCAGAAUACUUAGGGAUGGAAACUAUGUUGGCAGUUGUCUGCAAGACCUACAGUGGUGUUAAAGCACUGGAAACAUAUGAGAAAGAUGGGUCUAUAGUUACUGGUCUUGGCCUUCAUGGACUUGGAGCUUCAAUUGGGAGGCCAUUGGGUGGUCGAUUUCUUGUCAUUUGUCUUGAACAGCUUAGAUAA